UCUCUUUUCCCUAGGUCUCAAUGCAUUUCGGUUCUUUAGAGGUACAACGACUUUAGCAGAGAGAAGAUGAACAUCCAUGUGGAGGGGUUGGUGGCGAUUGUCAUCUUCUACUUGCUGAUCCUUAUAGUGGGAAUCUGGGCAGCAUGGAAAAACAAGAAUUCCGGCGUGGUGGAGGGAGCUGAUCGCAGUGAGAUCAUUAUGGUCGGCGGAAGGGAUAUUGGAUUAUUUGUCGGCGCAUUUACCAUGACAGCAACUUGGGUCGGAGGGGGUUAUAUCAAUGGCACAGCAGAGAAUGUGUAUCUUCCCGGCUACGGCUUGGCAUGGGCACAGGCUCCCUUUGGAUAUGCGCUCAGCCUUGUUGUGGGUGGCCUUUUCUUUGCAAAACCCAUGCGCUCCCGGGGUUACGUCACCAUGCUUGACCCCUUCCAGCAACUGUAUGGAAAAAGGAUGGGUGGUCUGCUAUUCAUCCCUGCACUAAUGGGGGAAAUGUUCUGGUCAGCCGCCAUCUUAUCUGCCCUUGGGGCCACACUGAGUGUGAUCGUUGACAUCAACAUCAAUAUGUCUGUGAUUAUUUCGGCUCUUAUUGCUAUUUUCUACACACUGGUGGGAGGACUUUACUCAGUGGCUUACACUGAUGUCGUCCAGCUCUUCUGCAUUUUUUUAGGACUGUGGGUGAGCGUACCUUUUGCACUCUCAAACCCAGCUGUGUCUGACAUCGGAGUGACAGCAGUGAAGCAGCUCCAUGCUAAUCAGACCACAUGGCUUGGGAAGAUAGAAAGCCCUGACAAAUGGAUGUGGGCUGACAAUUUCUUCCUUCUGAUGUUGGGGGGGAUUCCCUGGCAGGUGUAUUUUCAAAGGGUUCUUUCUGCCUCUUCAGCUACCUAUGCUCAAGUCCUCUCCUUCCUGGCUGCCUUUGGUUGUAUCAUCAUGGCUAUUCCCUCUGUCCUGAUCGGAGCCAUAGGGGCUUCCACAGAUUGGAACCAGACAACCUAUGGGCCAAUUUCUCCCAUGCAGAGGGACCAGUCUGACAUGAUCCUACCGAUCGUGCUACAGCACCUGUGCCCAGCCUAUAUCUCCUUUUUUGGUCUGGGGGCAGUUUCUGCUGCAGUGAUGUCAUCCGCUGACUCAUCCAUCUUGUCGGCCAGCUCCAUGUUCGCUAGGAACAUCUACCAGCUCGCUUUCCGGCAAUCGGCUUCUGACCGUGAGAUAGUAUGGGUCAUGCGGAUCACUAUUUUUGUGUUCGGGGCUCUUGCGACGGCCAUGGCUCUCCUGACUGGGACCGUCUAUGGUUUAUGGUACCUGAGCUCUGACCUGGUCUACGUCAUCAUCUUUCCCCAACUCCUCUGCGUUCUUUUCGUCCGUGGCACGAACACCUACGGCUCGGUGGCUGGAUACAUCUUCGGAUUGAUCCUGCGAGUUGGUGGAGGGGAACCAUAUCUUAAACUCCCUCCGUUCAUCUACUACCCUGGAUGGACCAUUGAGGAGAAGGUCCAUCAUGUGACCAACGAGGUGGAAUACCUGGUGUUGCAGAGGUUUCCCUUUAAGACUGCUUCCAUGCUGGCUUCAUUCCUAAGCAAUGUGGCUUUCUCAUACCUGUUCAAGUACCUGUUUGAGAGUGGCACUUUGUCGGCUAAAUAUGAUUUCUUGGAUGCAGUGGUGGCCAAGCACAGUGCCGAAAUAAUGGACAAGACCACUCUGGUGAACAAGAACAUCAUUGGGCUGAAUGAAAUGGCCCCGGUCAAGCCAAGACUUAGUGUUACUUUAGCUGCUACCUUCAUCAGGAAGGAAACCCUGACCGAAGAGGAGGACUCCAGCCCAGAGUCACCGAGUCAUGAGAACGAGUAGACACCAUAAUGUGAAGGACAAGGCUUCACCCAAUAAGUAAAGAAAUAUCAGAUUUUAAUUACAUAAUAAAUUCACUCCACACUCCUUUUCUGGAAUUUCCAUCACUUCUUUCAGAGAGGAAUGGAACAGCAACUGAAACUCUUAUUAAAAUGGUAAAGAGAGAAGAAAAGAGCAGUGAUUCAGGUGGUUUGAGUAAUAUUAGGGGAAAAAACUGACUUGAUGGCGUU